CUGAACGCAGACAGCGUUGUGAUUUCCAGGCAGAAGGGGAGAGACCGUGUCGAACCAGCGUUCAAGCCGAAUACAGUGAUGUCUCAGCGGGACGAGUUGCUGAAGUCCAUCUGGCACGCGUUCACGGCUUUGGACGUGGACAAGAGCGGAAAAGUGUCCAAAUCUCAACUAAAGGUGUUGUCACACAACUUAUGUACUGUCAUGAAGAUCCCUCACGACCCUGUGGCUUUGGAAGAACAUUUUAAAGAUGACGAUGAGGGGCCUGUCUCCAACCAAGGAUACAUGCCUUACCUUAACAAAUUCAUCCUGGACAAGGCAACAAACAACUUUGACCGGCAGGACUUCGACUGGAUGUGCUGGACUUUGUGCUCCAGGAAGAACCUGGACCAGGCCAACUUGCUCAUCUCCAAUGAAGAUGCCUUCAAAAUCUGGUGCAUCUUCAACUUCUUGUCAGAGGAUAGUUACCCGCCAGUCAUCGUCACAGAAGAGAUAGAGUACUUCCUGCGCAAGCUGACAGAGGCGAUGGGGGGCAGCUGGGUGGAGGAGCGCUUUGAGGACUACAAGCUGCAUAUGCUCUCUCAGCAGCAGCAGCAGAGCAUCAACGUAUGGCAGCUGAUCACUCUGGUAGGCUCCGGACACUUCAGCAAGGGCAUGGACCGACAGACCCUCUCCAUGGGCAUCCACGAGCUCCACCAGGAGCUCAUCCUGGAUGUUCUCAAGCAGGGCUACAUGAUGAAAAAAGGCCACAAAAGGAAGAAUUGGACGGAACGCUGGUUCACACUAAAGCCUAACUCCAUCUCCUACUAUGUGAGCGAGGACCAGAGUGAGAAGAAGGGCGACAUAAUGCUAGACGAACACUGCAGCGUAGAGCCUCUAGCGGACAAGGAUGGCAAGAAGUGUCUAUUCUUCAUCAGAUCAUCACAAAAGAGUUUUGAAAUCAAUGCGUCGGACAAGAAAAAGAAGCAGGAGUGGAUUCAGGCUAUCCAGACCUGCUUAAACCUGAUGCGAGCAGGCCGUCCGGCGCCACACCGCGAGUCACGCCACAAACGGCGCGAGAUGCGCCUCAAGCAGAAGGCCGACCAGGAAGAGCUGCAGACCAGGAUGAAGGAGCUACAGACGGCCAACGAGGCCAAGCAGCACGAGCUUGAAGACAUGAGGAAGGCUCUCGACGAAGCGGCAGCUAAUGCGGCGGAGGAAGAGCGACGGCGCCUUCAGACCCAGGCCGACCUUCAGGACCGCUACAGGGUGGAUCUGGAGAGAGAGAAGAUGGUGAGGCAACAAAUGGAGGAACAGGUAGCCCAGAAGUCCACAGAACUCGAGCAGUACCUGCAAAAGGUCCGCGAGAUGGAGGACAUGUAUCGGCAGCUGGAGGAUGCUUUAGAGGAUGAGCGCCGUGCUCGCCAAGAUGAGGAGACAGUCCGAAAGCUGCAGGCCAGAUUGCUGGAGGAGGAAGCGGCCAAGCGGGCCGAGCUGGAGCAGAUCCACCUGAGGCAGCAGCAAGCCAUCUCAGAGACAGAGGCCGAGAAGCAGGAGCUGCACAAAGAGCGGCUGGCCAAGGACAAUGCUCUGAGAGACGCCAUGACGCAGCUGCAGCAGCUAGAGCUGGAUAGGCAGGGGGUGCUGGAGCAGUACCAGACGGUGAUGAAGAAGCUGGAAGACGCCACCAACAACACAAAAUCGUGGAAGCACAAAGUGGCUGAACAUGAGGGGUUCAUGCGCCUUAUUCAGCCAGGCUCCAAGGGACAUCAGAUGAUCACAAACUGGGGCCCGGCUGCGUUCUCUGAUGCUGAGCUGAGCCUGAGGGAGAAAAAAUGGCAGGAAAUGAAGAACCAGGAAACGCCGGCACAGUAAACGUCAACAACAACAAUGCUACGUUAGCAAUGCUAACACUGCCGUUCAUGGUAGGAAUACAAAUACUAUCAUCAGUGUCAUGCUUUACAUAUUUUUCUUACCACUAAACUAAAUGGUAAGCAUCCAAAAUUUUAGAAAAAACUCACUUUAAUAAACCCUGAAUUUCAGUAUUUUCUCUAUGAUGACCUUCCAGUCAGUGUACCUUUUGCUACUCCUACGUAAGAUUUAUAUGUAAAUAUAUAUUUUUGACUCCGAAUAAGUAUAGCACAUAUGUUAAUAAUAACUGGUGAACUUUUUAACACUGCUGUAGAAUAGAAUUAGAAUGACAGAAGUGCGUGUUUGGAAGUGUGUACUGUUUUAAGUUGUGAACAAAUAUAAAAUGUGGAAUAAAAACUUGUUGGAAAACUC